AUGAAUAAAGUAUCUAUUUUACAACCAAGAAAUGACAUACAUUAUGCCGGCAAAUUAAGUGAAAAUUCACUUACUUUAGCUAGUCCACUUAUCAUCAUACUUAAAGGUUGCCUAAUGCCAAUCACUCCAAGUUCCAAAAGGCCACAUAAAAUGCUCUCGAAUGGCUCAAGUAGAAUCUUGCUUUUGGCAACAUUUAAAAUUCCAAAUCAGCUCAUUCCUAUUUAUUCAGAAGAAGAUGCUCUUAUGCGGAUUUUGAGUAAACCACUCCAAGAUAAUUGUAUUAAAGUUAGUGGAACUAGCUUCAAGGCUUGGUCAAAGUGUUAUUUCUUCAGUGCCAUAAUAAACAUAGUACUAAAUGAAACCAACAUUUUCAACAGAGAUCUGCCUCAGGUCCACACUCUGAUGUCAUGCGUAAGAGACGAUGAACCACCUGAGUGCUUGGCAUUUUUAUUUCGUACCCGCUAUGAUCAAUUGAAGUUAUCAGCUAUUUGGACACUACGUCAUUUGUACUCAUGGGCUAUUUCGGAAAGUGAUUUUAAUCUUGCAUGUCUUUUGUGGAAACCCACGACAAUUCCACCAUGCUUUAUAUCAACAGCUCUAAGAUGA